GGCUCACUUCCGCGUACACAUGCUGCAGCCUUCACUCAAUCGGCGCUGCAACAAAACACAACAAAACACAACAAAACACGGCGCAAACUUAUCCCUUCGACACGGUGCAGCUGUGGACUCUCCCUGACCCGACAUGGAGGAGGAAGACGGUCCCGUAGACGCAGAGGGCGACUCCACGUUCUCCGCCGAGAUGUACGCCGCCGAGUCCAUGGCCGCCGACAUGGACCCCUGGAUCAUCUUCGACUCGCGCAGGACCCCCAGAUCCGAGUUCGACGACUGGCUGGAGAGCAACCGGCCCUCGCAGGUGAACCGGGACGGCGACGCGGAGAGCGGCGUGAGCCCCGUCGGCUGGAUCUCCGUGCUCGGCCCCACGCACUUCCCCGCCAGGGGAGACGUGGACGGUCUGCAGGAGAGCUGGGAGCGGCUUCAGGACAGCGGACGCCCCGUCAGCUUCGACACGAUCAAGGAGCUGGCGCUGAACCACGACGUGCUCUCGGGGAAGUGGCUCAUGCACCUGGACUCUGGGUUCAAGAUCGAUCACGCGUGGAGCUGCGUGGCCAGAGCGACGUGCGACGGGAAAAUCUUCUCGUGCAAAGUCAGCCCCUUCAACCCCAAGUCGGACAGAAAGCACGUGAUCUGCGUCUACAACCAGAAUUUCACGGACGAGGGCGAGGUGGUGAGGCUGGAUUCCGUAAUACGCGCCACCGGGAUCAAGUGUCCGCUCUCCUACAAGCCGGACGUGUACACUUACCUGGGAAUCUACCGGAACAAUCGCUGGAAGCUCUGCCCCACGAUAUACGAGAGUAAAUUCGACCUGGAGUGCGUUCCCCGGCGGUCGCACAUCGUCAACAAGGUCACCAAUCUGGAAGUGACUUAAACACUUUUGGAAUUCAUAAAGACUAAAGACUAAAAAAAAUCCUUCAGUUCAACGUUUUAAUUUUGAUUUUUUUGGCAAUUGCUUUUUUUUUUUUUUUUGUAUCCCGAGUCCUUCCUUUUGUCAAACAGCGCCUCGUUUUCGUUUUAAGUGACCCGAGUUAUUCCACAAGUUAUUUGUACUAAUAAAAACAAAAUGAGACUUCUUUCAGUUGUUAAAAUGUGCUGCUGGAAGACGAUGGUUUGAUUAUGUCACAAUAACCUUUGGCUUUGUUGGUUUGAUUUAAAAAAAAAAAAAAAAGAAGAAGAAAAACAGAAAAAAAAGCCAAAUAAAUGAUACUUCUGAAACUG